AUGGCCGAGGACGAAGUAAUGGACGUUCGAAUCCAGUUCAUCAACGAUCUGGAUCCGUUUGUCUCCACAUCGGAUCGACAACCCAUGCUACCUUUAAAGUACUCAUUAGUACUCAACCAAGCCAUCGGUGAACAGAUGCCAGACAUUAUCAGACGACUACGAGCUCCACAUAAGGUAAGAAUCCCCUACCCUACCCUACCCUACCCUACCUUACCCUACCCUACCCUACCCUACCCUACCCUACCCUACCCUACCCUACUUGUUCUAUCCUGCCGGGUCCUGAACUGCCCUGCCUUGUCCUGUAUUCCCCUGUUAUCCUACCCUGCCCAGCCCUUCCUUCCUCUACUAUCGUAUCCUACCCUAUAAUUCUUCUCUUUCACAUCUCCUUUAAACAUUACUAUUUACCCUGCCCUGCCUAAAGAUAAGCACUAUUUACCCUGCCCUGCCCAAAACUUAUCACCAUUUACUCUGCCCUGCCCCAAGUUUAGCACUAGUUACCUUGCCUUGCCCAGCAUUAUUCACCCUGCCAUACCACUACCCUGACUUUAAAGAUCUUACUUUACACUUAAAGGUUCUAUUAUACUCUGCCCUUAAAAAUUUGCCCACGUUUUCAAAAAUACUGCCCACUCUACCCUCCCCUCUCUCCCCCCCCCCCAUUAAUUUUCUUCUUUUUUUGUGAAAAUUUUGCCUUGCUUUGAAACACCCCUUGUUUUUAAAAAUUUCAAUCCUGCUUUACCCUUGAAAAAACAAUUUUUUUGCCGCUUCACCAUACUCUAAAAUGCUCUAACAACCUAAUUUCGAAUUGAUUUUUCAGCCAGGGGACGCCCAGCUUCAAGUAAGCCCAUCAGCUACUGGUGACCUCGGGUCCUAUCUGGAUUCAGACUUGUCAAUACUAGAACAGCCAGAUGAGUUGGAUGUGCUUCGUGGUGAUAUGUAA